CGUUCAAACAAAAAAAAAAUAUUAAAACAAAAUCUAUUAUCUAGGUUUAGAAGACCACAGUUGCCGAAUCACUCAACCAUACAAAAAUUAUUAUUAUUUGAGUGAACUCAGUGUUGUAUUCGUUCGAAGUUACAUCCCAGAUACAAACUGUAACAAACUGUAAUAGCACAAAUCCUGUAGCGUAGAAAAUGUUUGGUUUUAUUGUUGUUACGAAUUCAAAAUUUUCAGUAAGUUAAGUAAACUUAUACGGUUUGGUAAAGUUUAGUGUAAAACAUUCGGAAAACUAAAAGCUUGUGGCAUGGAAGAAGAAACAAUCAACUGGAAAGGCAUAAUUUUCGUAAUAUUAAUUUUCUUGGGAUUUUUAUACAUUUUGGGUAUACUGAAAGCAUUACUCGGAUGUUGUUUUGUGCGAAUCGGUGAAUGGAAAUAUAAUUUUCUUCAACCUGCUUACAGAUACGAAAAGGCUUCUACAUUCAAACGAUUUUUCAUAAACUCGAUUUUCUUUUUGGUAUUCCCAUGUGUUGCUUUAUGCAAAUGCUUUAACCCUAGCAAUGAUGACAUAGAACAAACCGAAUCAACGUGGACCCGUCGUGUGAUUCAGAAAGAAUUGAGUUCAGACGGUGAACAGGACGAUGAAUUGUCGAGAUUAUUGAAAAUGGAAAAUGAAAAGCUGAAAUCAUCCGCUCGGGCUGGUGUUGGAACAUCUGAAUACAAUUCCGACAGCAUUUUUGAUUCAUAUAAUGCUGAAGAGGAGGAAAGGGACACUUGUUUCGUUUUGGCUGCGCUGACUGAAAGUAAGGAAACAUUGAAGAUGUUGAAAAGUCAGAACAGCGAAUCCGAUGACACGUCAAAUGAUAGUCCGACGCAUAAGCAUGCCGAUCAAAUAGUUAAGUCGUUGCUGAAAUCGAGACUUGUUUAUAGAAUCCUUCAGAAGCCCAUGGGAAACAUAGAUGUCGCUGCAUCGCAAACGUACUCGGUUAGGGGAUUCUUCGUGUCCAUCAAUGGUAAACAAUAUCGCUUUUUGACACAAACUCCGUUUAAACAGUACUGGGGCAUCGAUGCACAGACACAAAAUUUAGUAGCCAUCAAUCCACCUCAAGAUUUGAACCACGCGGAGUUUAACAGAACGUAUAAAAAUAAACUGGAUGUUGUUCAAGCCAAUGACCUUAUGGUCGAGCCCUCGAAAGAUGCACCUUGUUUGACCGUUUCAGUUCAAAGUCUUAGUAAUGAUUGAUUCAGUACGUUCACUGCUUGUGUGUUCCGUUCGGUUAUGCCAGCUUUACAUUUUAUUGUAAUUUUUAUUUAUUUAAAUAGAAAUUUU